CAAACUACAAAGACUCAAGAGACUCCACAAGCUUCCUGUUCUUUUGUGUUCCCACAAAAAAAUAAAUAUUACAAGCCCCUCCACUCCAAAACACAAACACACACACAAGUACACACACUCUCUCUCAUGGCCUUAAACAACAAGCCAACUACAAUGACACCCAAACCCAACUGCAAUGCCAACUCCCUCGCCGCUGCCGACACUUUCUCCACCAACCCUUCUCUCCAUUGCCGCCGUAAGCUCCGCCGCCGUGGCAGUUUCGCCGACCAGCUGCUCCGUGGCCGCAGGAAUCUAGUUCGCUACUUGCUGUUGUUUCCUCUGCUCUAUAUUUCUGCUCUGAUCACUUGCGUGGGUCCCAUCUCUGCUCUGUUUAGGACACCCACUUUGCCUGGCUCUCUUUACAAGAGUCAUCAGAUCUUUGAUAAGUUGUUGCACCAGAUUCAGGAGGAUAAUUCUUCUGCUAUUCAGUUGUCCGCUGUUUGGAAAUACAAAAGGAAGGUAAAGGAGCAGAAACGCUGUGUAAAUACAACUGCUCGUCGCCAGCUUGGAAUGCUGGAGCCUGAUCGCUACUUGAUUGUCGAUGCCAAUGGCGGCCUUAAUCAACAGCGCUCAUCGAUAUGCAAUGCAGUCGCUGUCGCUGGACUACUAGGUGCUACAUUAAUUAUUCCCCAAUUUGAAUUUCACAAUGUUUGGAAGGAUCCCAGUGUAUUUUCGGAUAUCUAUGAUGAGGAACAUUUUGUGAACACCCUUAAAGGCCAUGUAAAAGUGAUCAGGGAGCUUCCACAAGAGUUUAUGGAAAAGUACAAUAACAUCAGCAAUAUAACAUUUCUAAAAGUUCCAGCUUGGGCUUCUGCCAAUUAUUACUUGGAGGAAGUGCAGCCAAUUUUAGAAAAUAACAGGGUUAUCCGCAUUGCUCCGUUUGCGAAUAGACUGGCAAUGAAUCUUCCACCGCAGAUUCAAACACUAAGGUGCCUGGCCAAUUAUGAAGCAUUGAGAUUCUCGGUUCCGAUCUUAGAACUUGCAAAACAAUUGGUCAAUCGAAUGACAGAAAAAAGCUCUAUCUCUGGUGGUAAUUUCGUAUCAGUCCACCUUCGUUUUGAGGAGGACAUGGUGGCGUUUUCAUGUUGUGUGUACGAAGGAGGAGUAGCUGAAAGAUUAAAGAUGGACUCAAUACGUGAAAAGGGAUGGGGUGAUAAGUUCAAACGUAAAGAUCGUGUGAUUGAACCUGGUCUGAAUCGAAUCAAUGGAAAGUGCCCCAUGACCCCUUUGGAGGUCGGAAUGAUGCUGAGGGGUAUGGGAUUUACCAACAACACUCCAAUAUAUUUGGCAUCAGGAAAACUUUACCAGGCUGAAAGAAACUUAGCACCUUUGAGGAAAAUGUUUCCUCUUGUAGAGACCAAAGAAUCACUUGCAAAACCAGAUGAACUUGCUUCAUUUCAGGGAUAUUCUUCGAGGCUGGCGGCUCUUGACUACAUGGUCUGCCUGUAUAGUGAAGUAUUUGUUACCACUCAAGGUGGAAACUUCCCGCAUUUUCUGAUGGGUCAUCGGCGAUUUUUGUAUAAUGGUCAUGCUAAGACUAUAAAGCCAGAUAAAACCAAGCUUGCACUUUUACUGCACAAUACUAGCAUCAGUUGGAGCACGUUCAAGGAUGAAAUGAAGUUAAUGCUAGCAGAAAGUGACCGCAAAGGUAUAAUGGUACCUAGACCUCGAAAGAGCAAUAGAAGGAAUUCUUUAUAUUCAAACCCUUUGCCAGAGUGCCGGUGUCUCUGGGAAGCACAAAAUUCAACCCUCAAAUUGACUCAUAAUGUUCUUAUACAAGAUCACUAAUUCGACAUAGUCACGAUGAUGUCUCUCUCUACAGUUGAUUUUCCCGCUUGUGCAGUCAUAAUUUAUAUAUAUACAUAUUCUCAGAGCUUUGUUCCAUUUUCUUGGUUGCUGCUUAAGUUCGCAACUACCAUGGAAGCUAGAUACAGAUUUGUAUAAAUGAGGUAAAGUUUUCCUGUUCAGCAUUUACGGAACUUAAAUAGACAGGUUCCCUUUCUCCAGUUACAGUUACGGUAUCAGAUUUCAAAUAGAAUUCAUUCCCGAGAGACACUUAUUUGUGGCUCUCAGUCAAAAAAUGUAAUGUACUUCACGAAUUGGGAAGCAACAAGUGGAUUACAUGAAGCUGCUCCCUCUUGAUGUCGCAUAAUCAUUUCAGCAUCAACAUCAUUAUUCUUUCUUCUCCUCGUUCUUGUGAGUCUGUCCUGAUUCAGAAAGUGAAUAUGUAGAAAUUUUAGGGUCUUGUAACAACAGAGUUGCCUUGAGCUUAUGUUUGUCCUCUGACUGAUUUUGUUGAAAGAUGCUGUGUUUGUAUGAUAGAAGUAGUGGGUGUUAGAAGGUGCCAGUUUUGGCUGGUAGGCAGUAAAAUUUUGUAUGGCUACAAGGGUGGCUCAUUUUGUGUUAUUUGUUGAGCAAAAUAUGUCUAGUUGUUUUCA